AUGAUUCAACGCGCGGACGCACCCGUAAUGCAUCCCUACGAGAACGAGGGGCCAACCAUACUUGGGUCCACACUAUCGGUUACCAUUCUGGCAGUGAUGACUACGAUAGCCAGACUCCACGUCCGGAUCAGAAUGAUUAGAAACGUCGGGUGGGACGACUAUGUAAUGAUUCUAUCUAUGAUGUUGGUUCACUAUGGAGCAGGACGGCACAUUGAGCAUAUCGCCCCCAAAAGCUUCCAGCAAGCCAUGAAGCUCAACUUCAUUUCGCAGCCCAUCUAUCUCCUCGCCAUUUGUUUUGUCAAAAUCUCCGUCGGCUUUUUCCUCUUGAGAAUCGCUGUCCGGCCCUUCUUUAGGCGUCUCAUCAUUGGCAUCAUGGCCCCCGCUGAUUUUUGGGCAGUCUUCAUGGGCGUUUAUACCUUUGGUUGUCUGUUAACUGUACUGCUGCAAUGUACCGAUAUCCGCAUGAUGUGGGAUCCAACGGUCAAAGGCACCUGCUGGACAGUCAAGCAAAUCAAGAUACUCGGAUACCUCAACACGGCUCUGAACAUGGUUACCGAUCUCGCAUUUUCCAUUGCCAUACCAAUCCCCAUGCUCUUAGGCGUGCAAAUGAACCGCCGGCACAAAGCCUCCAUCAUCUGCAUUCUCGCGCUGGGCACCUUCGCCGCCGCCGCAUCCAUGAUCAAGCUCUCGUACAUCACCAACUACGGACGCGGAGGAGACUUGAUGUGGGACUCGCGCAACCUAACCAUCUGGACCGCGCUGGAAUGCAACGUCGGCAUGGUAGCGGGGAACCUGCCGUGCCUAAAGCCGCUGUUCCGCUCGCUGCUCGUGUCGACGUACGGAAAGGGGUCGCGCAGAACAGACAACACGCAGCGCGCAUACUUGUCGGAUGGAUACGCCCACGGCACAAAAGAGCGCUCUGCAUCCAAGAGCUACGGCCCGCUGGGUUCCCCCAAGAUCUCGGACCACGCUUUCUUCGGCGCCUCGCCUCCCGCUGCUUCGUCGUCGUCCCCGCACAAAGCAUACAUGCUCACUACAAUCGACGCCACGCAUUCGCACAAAAAGCACAAUGCAGCAGCACCUUCGUCGCCCUCGCCCUCAUCCUCAGGCCGCAGUUCCCCUGUUCCCGGUGAGCGCAGCAGCAUGGAGAGCGAGGCUCGACUGCACAACACAAGCCGGAAUGGGCAUCGCCGCCACCACAAUCACAAUCACAAUCAUGAAUUGGGCACCAUUACCGUUACCACCAUGGUCGAUGUAACCGAGUCGGUGCAUUCGGCGCAGCGCGUUGCGCCCAGCGAGCGUGAUUUGGCGCACUUGCGGGUUAAGGAUUUGGUCUAA